AUGCCUCUUUCUAUUGGCCUGGAAAUCGAAGGUGUGGCUCUGAAGCCAGUCAACUCUGCUCUCGAGUUCCCUCCUGAAUCGGAGAAGCAACUCUUCAUCAUUGUCGAAAGUCUUCGCCGCGCUGGUCUUUCUUCUCGCGUCUACCUGCCUUCGUCCACUCGUGGUGCUGGACCCGACUACAGCAUCUGGAAUGUUACCAUGGAUGUUACUGUGAGCGAACUUACCUCUGGCUCGGAGUUUGAGAACUCCAAGUUUCUUCGACGCUUUGGGUUUGAAAUCGUCACUCCCAUCUUUCGAGACAUUCAAGAUGAUGCUUGGAUGGCUCAACUCCAUGCUGGGCUUGAUGCAGUUGGGAAAGCUGUUUGCUGGAAGGCAAACCGAAGCACUGGCCUUCAUGUCCACGUUGGACGUGAAGGUGACACUACCAAGUACUCCCUGGUCGAAGUCCAGAAGAUCGCGAUGUUUUACUGUCGCUUUGAAGCUGCUAUCGAUGAGUUUCACCCUGCGCACCGCAGCGAGGAGAACGAGUACAUCAUGUCCAACCGUCAGAACCCUGUCCUAAAGGAUCUCAGCAUUUCCCAAGUCUACGACAGAAUUGGUGCUUCGAGCAGCAUCGAGGAUGUCUGCAAGCUUGUCAACCACUGUCCUGGUGAGACAAACUAUGAUGGUUACCAUGAUUCGCGCUUCUUCAAGGUGAACUUCACUUCUCUACAGAAGCAUGACACGAUCGAGUUUCGUCAGCAUGAGGGAACAGUGGAUGGCAAGCAGAUGAUCAAAUGGAUCAAGUUCAUCACCAAGUUUGUGAACUUCGCCAUCUCUGCCCCAAUGACCACCAUCACUUCACCUGGUGAAAGUUUCGAACAUCUUCGCCAGCUGAUCGUUCCUCCCAAUAACUAA